UGUGUGUGAGAGAAAGAGACAGAGAGAGAUAGACAGAAAGACAAAGAGAGAGAGAGCGAGAGAGAUGCAUCAGCCAGCCUGAAUGUAGAGUUUCUCUCUCUAAUGGAUAGAUGUUCCUUGGAUGUACCUGUGUGUGUGUGUGUGUGCUCCUGCUGAAGGGCUCUACAGAGUCUGAGUGAGUGUGUGUGUGUGUGUGUGUGUGUGUUUGAGUGUGUGUGUGUUUGAGUGUGUCUGGCAUUGAGUGGGUGUGUGUUUCACCUGAGCAGCUGCAAAGGGUCUGUGACGCCUCCGAGCAUCUGCGCGAAGACACUUCUGUGUGUGUGUGUGUGUCCUCAGACAGCCCAACUUUUCGACGACAGUGUGUGUGUGUCGGAGUGUGUGUGUCAGCAUGUCGGCGGGUCUGGAGCUGCUGGGCAUCGUGCUGUGCGUGCUCGGGUGGCUGCUGGCCAUCGUGGCCUGCGCUCUGCCCAUGUGGCGCGUGACGGCCUUCAUCGGCAGCAACAUCGUGACAGCGCAGAUCAUCUGGGACGGCCUGUGGAUGUCCUGCGUGGUCCAGAGCACCGGUCAGAUGCAGUGCAAGGUCUACGACUCCAUGCUGGCGCUGUCGCAGGACCUGCAGGCGGCGCGCGCCCUCACGGUCAUCUCCGUCCUGCUGACCGUGCUGGCCGUGCUGGUGUCCAUCGGCGGCGCCAAGUGCACCAACUGCAUCGAGGACGAGGCGGCCAAGGCGCGCGUGAUGAUCGCCGCCGGCGUGCUCUUCAUCGUGUCCGGCGUCAUGCAGCUGGUGCCCGUGUCCUGGUCGGCCAACACCAUCAUCCGGGACUUCUACAACCCGCUGCUGACCGACGCCCAGCGGAGGGAGCUGGGCGCCGCCCUCUACAUCGGCUGGGCGGCCGCCGCGCUGCUGCUGCUGGGGGGGUCGCUGCUCUGCUGCUCCUGCCCCCCCCAGGAGAAGAAGUACAACCCGUCCCGCAUGGCCUACUCGGCCCCGCGCUCCGCUCCUGGGGGGGGGCCCGGGCCCGGCUACGACCGCAGGGACUACGUGUGAGACGAGACGAGACGAGACGAGACGAAGCGAGAGGAGACGAGACGAGAUGAGAGAGGGGGAAUUCUCAAGAGAGGGAAUAACAAACUCUACGUUCUGGAGUAGGUGUGUGUGUGUGUGUGUAAUGUGUGUGUGUGUAUUAAUGAUAACGAUAACGGGCACUCAGAGAUGAUGUCCCACAUGACUCCGCAAUGAAGGGCUCUGCGUGUGUGUGUGUGUGUGUGUACGUGUUUUGGCUUUUGUAUUUUGGUCUUAGCUCGGCAUGCUCAAGGUGGAUGAGGUGUUUAUGAUUCAACACUUCUGUCUGAAAGCUUUGGUCAGAAGAAUUUUGUAGAAAAAAAACCCUGAUUUAGCCUGCAAAGUAUGUUGCAUAGUAAAGAAGUAUAAUGUGUGCUUUGUCUUACACUGUUACAAGACAAUGUGUAUGAACAAACAUGUCUGUAAGUUUUUGCUUAUAUUAAGUUUUUUUUAAUGCAAUUUUUUGUCCGCAAAUAUGUAUUGCCUUAUAUUUUUUUUGUUUCCAUCUCUUGUUUUAGGAGUCUAUGAAUCUUCAUCUUCAAUUGUUAAAGACACUGUGGUAUUUCUGUUUUUGAAAUAUCAUAUUUUUUACUCAGCAAUUAAUGUUCAAGCUAAUAUCACCCAUCAGUCAUCACUGUGUAUAUUUUGUACGAGUUUCUAAGCGGACAUUGUUGUAGUCACUCACCUGCCUAUCAGCUUUCAUGGUGGGUGAAGGUAUAUGACAGCAUCAAUGUUUCAUAGAUCAUGCUUUUCGUGGGUUGGAGGCUCUCGGACACAGGUUCGAAGCGGAGGGGGGGGCAGGAUUGGUCACCUGAUCUGGACGAGGACUCGGGUGGACAGGUGGUCUUCUGUGAGGGUCACUUUGUGUGUGCGGUGGGGUGCGGAGGACACCUGGGAGACUCACACACACCUGAUGAGGCUUAUGGGCUUAUGUUACAGUCCUCACACACACAUUUACACGCACACACACACACACACACACACACACACACCAACACACACACACACACACACACACACACACACACACACACACACACACACACACACACACACACACGUAUGCACACAAAAGUGUUUCGAGUUUUUUUUUUUUAUAUGACAAAUGUUGAGGUGCUUUUGGUUCAUGUGCUAAACAAUAAACUCUUAAGAUAAACUCA